UAUUUUGUUAUUAGGGUCAAAUAUGUGUUUUUAUCGGAAAGAAACGCAUCAACAGCAGUGGAAUUUCACGGCAUUUAACGUUAGUGUCUGGUCUAUAAAGCCGUAUGCUGAUGCUAACAUCUUUUUGCUAGAUAAUGUGUUUGGGAUGGCGUCAGGCGUUGAAACAUUUCCCCGAUGCAACCAAUGCCACAGCAAAUCAGCACUGAAAUGUCGAAAUUAAGGCUUGGUAUGGAACAGCCAGCUGUCUUGACGCUGUUCUGGAUGCUGCAGUGGCGCUAUGUGACCACAGGAGGGCAGGGCGGCACCGAAGCCAAUGUGUUCUACGCGGUGGAGAUGGAGGGGGGCAUCCAAGCCGGGCGAGCCCUGGCCGAGCAGCACGGACUGCGGUUCAUCUCACGGGUUGGGGAUCUGGAGGCUCAUUUCACUCUGAGGGACGACCUACAGCGUUCCGACAGAUCCGCCCUAGAGAGUGCCCUGGCCCUGACCUCAGGGGUGAAGUGGGUCCAGAGACAGAAAUGUUGCUACAGAGACAAGCGAGCCGCUAUUAGGAGACUGGACAUUAUGAGUCACGCAAAAUGGCCGCACGUGCCUGAGUCGAUGGUGCAGCGUCAGGCAAGAGAAGGAGGAGGAGGUGGUGAGGAGGAGGAAGGGCUGAAAGAAGAUGCUGGAGCUCUACAUUUUAAUGACCCACUCUGGCCUAUGCAGUGGGAGCUGUUUAACCGUGGCCAAUUCGCACAUUCCCACCUCGACCUGAACGUCAUGCCCGUCUGGCAAAGGAACAUCACUGGACAUGGAGUUGUGGUGACCAUCAUAGAUGACGGUUUAGAUCACUCCAACACAGACCUGCGGAAGAACUUUGAACCCUUUGCCAGCUUUGACCUCCGAGGAGCGCAUGGGCUAUCCCACGAUCCCAUGCCCCUGCGAGACGCAGAGAGCGGGCACGGAACCAGGUGUGCUGGCGAGGUAGCAAUGGAGGCCAACAACUCCUACUGUGGCGUGGGCAUCGCCUACAAUGCCCGUGUUGGAGGUAUCCGGCUGCUGGAUGGGGUGGUGACGGAUGUUAUGGAGGCCUCGUCCCUCAGCUUCAACAGCAGCUUCAUCGACAUCUACAUCUGCAGCUGGGGCCCCCGAGACGACGGGGUUGAGAUGGGGGGGCCCGCACAGCUGGCGGAGAAAGCCUUACGUCUCGGGGCGGAGAGGGGUCGAGGUGGUAAAGGGAACGUCUUCGUCUGGGCGUCUGGUAAUGGCGGGGCGCACGGCGACCACUGUGGAGCUGACGGCUAUAUCAACAGCAUCUACACCAUCGCCAUCGGAGCAAUCACUCACACUGGCCGCUCAGCCUUCUACAGCGAGCCCUGCCCUGCCACCAUGGCAGUCACCCUCACCAGUGGCAACCCAGGCUCUCUGCCCGUGGUGACGGUGUCUAACCUAGAUGACGGCUGCAUCACAGAGUUUGCUGGCACAUCUAGUGCAGCACCAAUCGCUGCUGGAGUCAUUGCUCUCGUUCUUGAAGCAAAUCCUGAUCUAACCUGGAGAGACAUCCAGCAUCUGAUUGCAAGGACUGCCAAGGUUCCAGACCCGCAAGAACCAGGCUGGAUCCUUAACGGCGCCGGGUUCCACGUUCACGACAGGUAUGGCUUUGGACUCCUCGAUGCCGCUCUGAUGGUCCAGCAGGCUCUUCUGCUCCAGUCUGCCCUACCUCAGAGGCAGUGCUCCUAUGAUAUGACCCUUGACCCCGUCAGGCUGCUGCCUUCAGGGGGAGAGGUGAGUGUGGUCAUCCAAUCAGAAGCCUGCAGCGGAGCAACCAAUCAGAUCAACACUCUGGAGCAUGUCCAGGUAACGGUGAGUGUGAGUAGCGUUUGCCGUGGCGACCUCUCCGUGGUGAUGACCUCUCCGUCCAGCACACGCUCCCUCCUGCUGGGCAGUCGCCCUAGCGACGCCUCGGAGGCCGGCCUGGUGAACUGGACCAUGAUGAGCGUGCAGUUCUGGGGAGAACCGGCCCGUGGAGACUGGACACUAAGGGUGAUGGACAACAGAGGGGCGGUGAAACAGUGUGGGCGGCGGAUGGAUAGCAAGGAGACCGCUGGAGUUCUGAUGAGCGUGGGACUGAGACUGUACGGCACUUAUGACCCACAACGCCCCCCAUAUGAGGGCCCCCUUCACAGUUUCGUUUCCAUGGGGACUUAUCAGCCAAUCCCGGACAGCAUCCCAUACCUGCUGGACAGGUCCCAUCCCCAGGCCCUCGUCCAGUUCGCUUCCAAGCUGGAGAGCCAGAGACGCGUUGCCGUCGACGACAUCCCCGCCCUGUUCCCACGCCAACGGAAGGCCUCCCAAGCACAGCCCCUGCCCCACUCUCCCCUGCACAUUGAGGGCACUGAUGGGUCACCCUCUGACUACCAGGAGAUGAUGUGGAAUACACUGAGCACAUCCAUCAAGCGCACCCCACCCUCACCACAAAGUCCUCUCAGGAGACAGAAGAGGACACUGCACACAGGUUCCUGAGGACUGUGUGUGUGUGUGUGUGUGUGUGUGUGUGUGUGUGAGAGAGAGAGAGAGAGAGAGAGAGAGAGCAGAGACGUCCAGAGAUGCCCCUGCCCCUCACCCCUCCAAGUUACCUUUGCCCCAGUAGAGGGGCGGGUUCCUCACAGCACCACCACUGGGCACAGAGGUGCAUUGCACCUGGAACACCUGUUACCAGGGUUACCUCAAUAACCUGGGUCAUCUUAGUAACUUCAGUCAAGGCUGGUCUGGGCCAGACCGUGGUGCAGUCAACACAGGACAAGAGCAGAGACUGUGGGAGCACCCCGCAACCCCUCUUCCGGAUCUCUCUCUCUCUGUUCUCUCUUGCUUUCUCCACCCUCUUGUUCUCUCCCUCUAUCCUUCCUCCUCUCUAACUCUAUCAUUAUAAACCUCUGUCAUUCCACACCUCCAUUACAAAAUACUGAUUAAAGGACAGUCUUUUAAAAUGUC